AUGUCGAGAUUCUCUUUAAAAGGACGCACAGCGCUUGUUACAGGCGGCGCGCGGGGCUGCGGAUUGGCAUUUGCGCGAGGACUCGCAGAAGCAGGGGCAAAUGUCGCAGUGUUCGAUGUUGUGCCAGCGGAAGAAGCAUUCCACGCAAUUGAGAAAGAUUGGGGCGUGCAAACUGCGUACUACAAAGUCGAUAUUUCCUCCAAAGAAGGUCUCCAGGAAGGAUUCGCCAAGUUCCAGAAAGACUUCCACAAUGCGCUUGAUAUUUGCGUUCCCUGUGCUGGGAUCAAUCGCCACCUUCCCUUCCUCGAAUUCACAUACAAAGACCACCAGGAUCUCCUCUCGAUCAACGUGCUGGGACUGUAUUUCACAGCACAGCUUGCGGCAAAGCAGAUGAUCGCAAAUGGCACAAAACAUGGUAGCGUCGUUCUGGUGGCAAGCAUGGCCAGCCACAUUGCCGUGCGAAGCCAGCUGUGCUCUGCGUAUUGCGGAUCCAAGGGUGCCGUCCGAUCCAUGUGUCCUGCCAUUGCGAAGGAACUGGCUGAAUAUGGCAUUCGAGUGAAUUCCAUCUCGCCAGGAUAUGUGAAAACAGAAAUGACUGCAUCGUUCCCCCAUCUUCUGGAAGGCUGGAAAUCAGAGGCAAUGAACGGCCGCAUUGCCGAGCCCGAGGAUAUUAUGGGGGCAUGUGUGUUUCUAGCCAGCGACGCCAGUCUGUACAUGACGGGGUCGGACAUCGUCGUGGACGGUGGGGUGACAGGAUGUGCUGACCAUGAAGGCUAUCGCAUUGGCUCCGUCGAUGCGUCUACUACUGUGGUUGUCGUGGGCGCCGGGCCUUCGGGCUUGAUGCUGGCCUGCAACCUCGUCCGCUUUGGAAUUGCAGUGGUGAUCCUCGAUGAUCGCCCCGAUAAAACAUCUACAGGCAAGGCCGAUGGAAUGCAACCCAAGACCAUCGAGACAUUCAAACAAUUACGUCUCGCAGAGCCACUGUUAAGAACUGCAGCUAGAGUCCACGAUAUCGCGUUCUGGCAAUCGACCGCCGACCAUCCCCUUCGUCGAACAGGCCGUCAAACCCAUUACCCCGAGCACCUCGUCGGCGCGUCGGAUCCAUAUAUUCUACUAGCACACCAGGGCAUGGUCGAGGAGGUCCUGAUUGACGACAUGGAGUCAAGGGGUGUAUUCAUCACGCGCAACAGCCGAUUUACCUCAUGCUUGCGCCUGUCUGGGACAAACAACUUGGAAAUUGUAUACGAGAAUAUCUCGACAGGCACUUCCCACAAGAUUCAAGCCGAUUACCUGGUUGGAUGCGAUGGAGCCAGAUCAAAGGUCAGGGGAUUCAUCCCAGAUGCUGAUCUAGAGGGAGAACUCACCAACGCGGCCUGGGGUGUGCUGGAUGGGGUGAUCGAUACCGACUUCCCCGAUCUAUGGAGCAAAGUCGCGUUGCGAUCAGCCUCCGCCGGGUCCAUCCUCUGGAUCCCUCGCGAGAGGGGAAUGACUAGGUUGUACGUUGAGUUGAGCUCAACGGAUGGCGAACGAGUGGACAAGGCUAAAGCUACCACUGAAUAUGUGAUGCAACGCGCAAGAGAUGCAAUGCAGCCUUUUCAACUUGAGUGGAAAUCUGUAGAGUGGUUCGGUACAUACGUUGUUGGACAACGUGUUGCGAGACACUUUAUGGAUCCGCAGGCACAGAUCUUUAUUGCGGGUGACGCCGGCCAUUGUCAUUCGGCACUUGCUGCUCAGGGUGCUAACACCAGCAUGCACGAUAGCUUCAAUCUUGCAUGGAAGAUCAAUUUCCUGAGCAGAGGGUUGGCUAGGCCUUCUAUACUGCACACCUAUGAAGAAGAACGACAAAAGAUUGCAUAUGAUCUUAUCAAAUUCGACGUGGAGCACUGCAAAGCCUUUGCAGAGGGCGAAGCUGCAUUGUCAGAGAACUUCGAUAACAAUAUUCGGUUUAUCUCCGGUGUUGGCGCAGAGUAUGGUCCUGGAAUGCUUACGAGUGCUUCGGCCAACGACAGCAGACUCAAGCCUGGAAUGCUACAGCUUCCUGCCAAAGUUACUCGCUACCUUGAUGCCAAUCCAGUCGAUAUUCAAUUGGAUGUUCCCCUUCUCGGCCAAUUCAAGAUCUACACAUUUGUUCCGGAGGUUUCUCAGUCCCUGGGGUUCCUGCAAGAUGUCACUCAGGCGUUGAAGAAGACUUUCGUCAAAAUCACAUCUCAGGCUGAACAAUCCUACAGAAAGCAACCUCGAGGCUACGCUCCCUCUGAUGAGUUUGUCCAGUCUCAUCGAUACACGGCUGUCUCAGAGGCAUUCACUUUGGCGAUGGUGACACGGUCUCCUCAAUCCCAGUUCGAAAUUGCCAAUCUACCAGAUCUUUUCCAGAAGAGUCGUUGGACCUUAUAUCUGGACAAUGCUGAAAAGGCUAGUUGUACGCAGAAGUGGUUCGGUGAUCUCCGGUCAGAUAAGGCUGGUAUUGCCGUUGUUAGGCCCGAUGGAUAUAUUGGGGCUAUCGAUUCCUGGGGUACCAGCGAAGGAGAGCGCGCGGUACAGUGGAUGAAGCACUACUUUUCGUUUAUGCUGUAA